GAGGAAGAAGAGGUUGAGAGAGAAGAAGAAAAAAGUAAAAAAAUUUGAGAAAAGUUUCCACCAUCCUGACAAAUAUUCCAUGCAAUCAUGGUGUUUUGAUGAGAUCUCCAAAGAAUUGGGGAUAAAAAUUUAUGUGACUGAGAGACAACUGAAAUACAUACAUGGGAAUUAUAGUGUGAUCUUGCAAAAGACACUUCCUCCUAAGGUAGAAGACCCAGGAAGUUUCACUAUUCCCUGCAUCAUUGGGAACCACAAAAUAGGGAAAGUCUGCCUUAAUUGGUUUGAGAUCCAGUAUCAAUCUAAUGCCCUUAACUGUUCUCAAAAGGAUUGGUGACUUGGAAGUUAAGCCGACAAGGAUGUCUCUUCUCAUGGCAGAUGGAUUCCCCAAAAGACCUUAUGGUGUGGUAGAAGAUGUGAUGGUGCAAAUCAACAACUUGAGAUUCUUGGUGGACUUUGUGGUGCUAGAGAUGGAGGAAAAUGCGGAGAUCCCUAUUAUUCUUGGAAGGCCGUUCAUGAAAAUGACCAAAGUAAUCAUCAAUAUUGAUGAGGGUACCAUAGCUCUCAAGGACCAAGAAGAGGAGGUGAAUGAAGAGAAAAGAAACAACAAAGGAGCAGGUGUUCACCAAAAUCCUCUGAAGGAGCAUGAAGGGCCGAGACCAAGCUUACCUGUGCAGUUCAACAAAAAGUUUUGGGUUGUGAAAGAACUCAGAGCUGAUGGGUUGAUAGAAAUUGAAUCUCCUACUUCAAGGAGAACCAAAAAGGUGAAUAGGAAGCUGCUGAAAACCAGUUGGUGCAUCGAAGGAAAGGGUGACACCAAGAUAAAAGAUGUGGCAUAAACUUAUUGGGUUAAGCUAGUGACGUUAAAGAAGCGCUUGCUGGGAGACAACCCAAUUCUCUGAACUUUUACUUUUAAUUUUUGUUUUUGUUCUAUUUUAUUUUAUUUUUAUUGUGCUCUGCUUGAAUGAAUUGAACUGCUUUGAUUUAACAAUGCUCUGUUUUGUGUGAUAAGUUUUGCUUUAUGAGAUUAUGGUAUUUGAUUGAGGUUGAGAUGACACAUUUAGUUGUUUAGAUUGUAAAUAGCUUAGGUAAUCAUGGUUAGUCUUUCUAGGAGCUUUUAGGUUCUGAUUUAUGCUUUUCCUCAUUCUUUGUUGAUUUCACUCGUUUUUAGCUUCAUUUCCUUAGAUUAGAAUUGUCAAAAGUAGACUUGACUUUAGAUUUAAAUUGAUUCUUUGUGAUGUGCUUGCUCUUGGUAGAAUAUAGAUAUGAUUUAGGCAAUUUUUUUCUUCAUCCAUAACCAUUUAUUUUACUCAUUACAAUUUUUCUUACCAUUGCACCUUUCUUUUGAGCUUUAGCCAUAUUCUUUGUUCCAUUCAUUCCCCAUCAUUACCCAACCUGUAGAAACCUGUGAGAGGAAGUGAGGAUUUAGUAACUUUGUGAGUGCAAAAGAAAAAAAA